GCGAGCCGCUGUUUAACAUGAACAAGAUCGAGAUGUUGAGGCUGCUCAUCAACCAGCGGCUCACCGCGGCCGCGGAGGAGAUCUUCGGGGUGUUCGGGAGAACCAUAGCCGAGUACGAGGAGGAGAUCUCCCGAUCCAAGCUGGAGAUCGACCGCCAGCGACGGAUGCUGGAGCUCUGCAGGAAACCAGAGAUCUCUGUGCAGCUCAACAGCAGAGCUCUCUGUGAGCAGCAGGAGUGGAGCUCCGGUUUCAGCGACGUAGAGCCUCCACCCAUCAAAGAGGAGGAGGAGGAGGAGGAGGAGCUGUGGUCGUCUCAGCAGGAGGAGGCGUCUCAGACGGCGGAGCAGAACGACGUCAAGUUCGUCUUCUUCCAGAGCGGCGGCGUGAGAAGCGAGCAGGACGACGACCGCAUGACCUCAUCGCUCUCGAAGCUCAAGGACCUGGACGACUCGGAGCCGGACCCCGAGCCGGGCACCUCGGUCCAGCAGACCUGCUCGGACCUGGACGAGGACGGCCGUGACGCUCCGGGUGUAGUUUCAGGUAACGGCCAGCUGGACUGCGUGGAGCUGGACGCGCCGCUGUCCGAGGUGGUGGACUCCUACAUUUGCACCAUUUGCGGCCGCGCGUUCGCCCAGCGGGGCCACUGGGCCAAACACGUGCAGGUGCACCGCAAGGCGGAGAACAAAGCGGACAAGUCGUACACGUGCGACAUCUGCGGGAAGAGACUCACGCGGUUCGACGGCUAUCAGAAACACCUGAGGAUUCACACGGGGGAGAAGCCGUACUGCUGCGACGAGUGCGGCCGGCGAUUCAGCGACAACUCGAACUACAAACGACACAUUCGCACUCACGUGGGACAGAAAACCCAGCAGAGCUGAGGGACGAGACACAGCCAAGACAUGAGACAAAGGUCUCCACUUGUUUACGUUGAUAUUAUUUUUAAAUGUCAAUCAUAAUUGGGCCUCCUCUAAAAACAUUGCAAAGUAAAACCACAGUCGGAGGUGUCCUGGUUUUACUUUUCGUUUGCUUUGUUUUCUAACCAGACGAACUGAAACUGGUUCAUUGACAGUCGGAGGAGGAACAGAAGGACCCGUCGGGUUACUCAACCAAACACCUCUCCAUGUUGUUCUGCUGCUAUUUAACAGGAAAGCUUCUUUGUGGAUCAACACAUGAACUGGGAACUUUUGGAUUUCUUAUAUUUAUCCUCUUCGGUGUGAAAAAAGGACCAAGACAAAGAAGAAGAGACAUAUUUAUAUUUUGUAUUUUUCUAUAUAUUUUUUAAACAGACAUUUAUACACUGGAGGAAACAGUGACACUUUACAGAUGCAUCAGACAUAUCUUCACAGUCUCAAGUCUGUGUCCACUAAAGAGCUUUUUCAUUUCAUUCACCUUAAAGGGACAAUUCACCAAUUUUUUUUAUUUAAAAGUUAUUAAACGAUACAAUAAUUUAAGUUCCUCUUACACCGAAUUAAGAAAACUUAACUGCCUUGUUUACUUUGAAAUAAACUCACUCACCACGUCUCGAUUAGUCAUUCCACUGUUCCAACAAUCUGUUACUCUGGUUUGGUCUAAAUAUAUACUUCAUGAGUAAUAUCUGAGAUAUUCUGUCUCUACGCAAUGUUUUCCCGCCAAGAGGCAGACCGUUAAAUUAGAAAAAUACAACGACCAAAAAUCACCCUGCUGGUCUUUUCCAGAUUAUCUCCCUGAUCCUGAAGGUCUCCAAAACUUUCAUGCUUAAUAAUGAAGCAACUCUCAGGAAUGAACAUGAACGUCAAACCAAACACUGUGAAAUAUACGGGUUACACUUUCAAAAAAUAGACUCGUCCAUAACAUCCUCUGCAGUCCUAUUUUGGGAUGCUAUUUUGGAAAUGAAACACAAGCGAGGAGAACAAGGACAAGGCAAGCUACCAAAGAUGAGAGUAGCUCUCUGUAGUUCUUCCUCAGUGAAAGUACGUCACUGAGAUGAUGAAGAAAGAACAUGAGUUAAACUUCAGGCGUAUAGAUAGAGAUAAGGUUGAAAUUCUCUUUAAACAAAAAGUUAUCCUCCAGUCAUGUUUUUCAGGUACAUGGAAACAUGAAAGUCUGGAGCUUUGAUAUGUCAGGAACAUUUUAGUCCCAGUUCAGGUUGUCCAGUCAAAUAAGAAUGGCUGCCCACACAGUCGACAAAAGAGAAAAUCAAACAUCACUAUGUUCUUGAACAAAUACCUCGAUAUAGAUAUUCAACGACCUUAUUGGGUUGACUAUUGGUGCUUUUAUAAAAUAUUUACACAAUAAGAUAUUUUAUAAAUGAUCAUCAGUAAUGUGGAUAUAAUGACUAACCGCUAGAGCAGUCUGGUGAAAACCAGGGAAAGACAACACUGAGGUCAUAUUACGACAUCCAAACUUCUCAUAUCACGAUAUAGAUCUGAUAUUGACAUAUUGUCCGGCCCUAAAGUCAAUGGUGCUUUAACAACACUGUACAACAUUAACUGAAGUAAUAAAAUCACAUGAUUGAAAACUCAUUUUCAUGUUCUUAUCAUUGAUUCAAAUGAUUUGUUUUCAGAAUCUGACAUUUUACAACAGCUAUUUAUAUUGCCAUUUAUUCCCAUUUACA